CUCACACAGAUAUUGCUGGUUUGCAGAGCUGGUGGAGACUUGCUUGAAUGUAGUCGACAAUGUCUGAGUCCCAUAUUAUGCCAUGGCUUUUUUGUUCAUGUCUGUUUUCUGCAGUUGCUUUGGCAGUGCUGUAUCUCAAAAGAAAAAUGAAUGGAUUCAUGCCAGGCAACAGAUCUCCCCCAAGCCUCCCCUCACUGCCUAUCAUUGGGAGUAUUCUCAGUCUCAUGACUGACAUUGCCCCACACAUCCACUUUCAGCAGCUUCAGAAGAAAUACGGACAUCUUUAUUCCCUCAUGAUGGGUUCUCACAAAGUUCUUAUUGUGAACAACCACCAUCAUGCAAAAGAGGUCCUGAUCAAAAAAGGAAAAAUAUUUGCAGGAAGGCCACGAACUGUUACAACAGACUUGUUAACUCGAGAUGGAAAAGACAUAGCAUUUGCUGACUACAGUUCCACAUGGAAGUUCCAUCGGAAAAUGGUGCAUGGGGCUCUUUGCAUGUUUGGAGAAGGAUCUGUUUCUAUUGAGAAGAUAAUUUGCAGAGAGGCGAGCUCUAUGUGUGAUGUUUUGACUGAGACUCAGAACAGUGCAGUGGAUAUGGCACCAGAGCUGACACGUGCCGUCACAAACGUAGUGUGUGCCCUGUGUUUCAGCUCCUCAUAUAAACGUGGGGAUGCUGAGUUUGAGUCUAUGCUCCAGUACAGUCAGGGAAUUGUGGAUACUGUUGCCAAAGACAGCUUGGUGGAUAUUUUCCCAUGGCUGCAGAUAUUUCCAAAUAAAGACCUCAAAAUCUUGAGACAAUGUGUUUCCAUCAGAGACAAAUUACUUCAAAGAAAAUAUGAAGAGCACAAGGUGAAUUACAAUGAUAACGUCCAGCGCGAUCUGGUGGAUGCACUGCUGAGGGCCAAACGCAGUUCAGAGAACAAUAACACUCAUGAUGUUGGUUUAACUGAAGAUCACGUACUAAUGACUGUGGGGGACAUUUUUGGGGCAGGGGUGGAAACCACUACCACUGUCCUAAAAUGGUCGAUAGCAUACCUGGUCCAUAAUCCACAGGUUCAGAGAAACAUUCAGGAGGAGCUAGACGCUAAGGUUGGAAAAGACAGGCACCCUCAGCUCAGUGACAGAGGAAAUCUGCCUUAUCUAGAAGCCACGAUAAGAGAAGUGCUGAGAAUCCGACCCGUUUCCCCUCUCCUCAUCCCUCACGUGGCGCUCCAGGACUCCAGUGUGGGAGAGUACACUGUGCAGAAAGGGACGCGAGUCAUUAUUAACCUGUGGUCUUUACAUCAUGACGAGAAAGAGUGGAAAAACCCGGAGCUGUUUGACCCAGGGAGAUUUCUGAACGAGCAGGGCGAUGGUUUAUGCUGCCCACCAGCGAGCUAUCUGCCUUUCGGCGCAGGAGUGCGCGUUUGUCUCGGCGAAGCGCUGGCAAAGAUGGAGCUCUUUCUCUUCCUCUCAUGGAUUCUGCAGAGGUUUACGCUUGAGAUGCCCGCUGGCCAUCCUCUGCCCGACCUCCAGGGAAAGUUUGGGGUGGUUCUUCAACCCAAGAAAUACAAGGUCGUUGCUAGACUUAGAGCAGACUGGGAAAAGCUUCCACAAAUGUAGAAGUGCUGAGUUGAUGUAUUUUGUGUCUUUCCUACUUCUGUUUUUAAUCCUGAGACAUGUAAAUAUUUUAUCG